AUGGCAUUGGCAAAGCAUUUUGUUGUUGUACACGGUGCAUGCCAUGGAGUUUGGGUUUACUAUAAGCUCAAACCCCGUAUCGAGGCGGCCAGCCACUGGUUCACGCCGGUCAACCUUGCCGACUCUGGUGUCAACGAGAAGAACCUGCAGGUUUCGGCAUCAGUUCCUGAGAAUGAGAAGGUGAUACGUAUAGGGCACAGUUCUUGA